AUGCUGAAGAAUACGAAGACGAUUUGUUUGGAGUUCUGUGCCAAGUCAUCUCUCCACGGGGUUCGAUACCUGACUGGUGGCUCAUUAGAGAGGAUGGUCUGGUCGCUGCUACUGGCGACCAUCAGUGUAACGCUGGUGUGGACGGUGUACGACCUCUGGCUCAUGGUCUUCAGAGGAGUGGUCAUGGUGGUCGUGGAGAACCCCCACGUGGAGCUCACAGAAGUGGAGUUCCCGGCCAUCACUAUCUGCCCAAACAACAAGGUGAUGAAGAACAAAGUCGAAGAGGUUGUACAGAAGUACGCUGAUGACGAGGAAACCCAUAGGGCAAUUAAAAACUCCAUUAUAGCUAUGUCAUUGGCUAGAUUUCCAUUCUAUAACAUGCCUCAAGAUUACUCACGCUUGGUGAACGGAAAUAUCUACCCUGUACCUGAGGAGGAUAUUGUGGAUAUUAUGAAGUUCGUUGGACCGGAUGUUGAUGAUGUAUUUGCCCGAUGUAAAUGGAGAUCACCAUAUUACGACUGCAGUAACCUUUUUCGUAAACAAUUGACUGAAGAGGGGUUCUGCUUUUCUUUUAACAGCCAAACAGCAGAGCGUUCUGAACACGAUCACCCGGAAAAACCACCUCUCAUGACUCCAGAAGGAGCUUUGGUAGGAGUGCGGACCAACAUGUUCGGCAGAAGAUCCGGUCUAGGAUUUCGUGUCAAGUCCCUGGCCGGGAAGGUCUUAGACGAUCUGUUAGGGGACGGUUAUUCGGUGAUCGUGCACAACUCCAAGGUACCUCCAGACCUGACCACGUCAAUGACUGUUCCUACAGACAAUCCGUUCAAAACAUUCGAGGUCGACAUCACUGUGAAAAUCGUCGAAGCGGACAGUUCACUAUAUCACCUUGACGAGAAAGUGAGGGAUUGUGUCUUUGACAAAGGUGCCAAGGGACUCGACGGGUGUUUGUCAGAAUGCAGGAUCAAUACAUUGCUAGAGCUGUGUGGUUGUGUCCCUUAUCACAGAGCAGUAUUUCGGCCCUCAGCUACAGUCUGUGGCCUUGGACAUCUCGAGUGUCUGAGAGACGUCAACUUGCGGCUGAGAAGUGCAAGAGUGACUGAAGGCACGCCAGGGUUCCCGUCAUGGACUAACCCAGUUAGUAUGAACUGUACCUGUCUGCAGUCGUGCACCUACACUCACUACUCCGGGGAGAUGGAACCCAUCCCUUUAGUGAUCUCAAAAAAGCAAGAACAAGGAUGGACAAGACUCCGGGUGAUCUAUAAGAACUACGCUGUCAAGUACACCCGAACUGCCAAGUACGUGUUUAGAGACCUCGUUGUGGGGUUUGGGGCAGUUGCUGGUGUUCUGCUGGGCUUUAGUACAGUGGCUGUUUUUGAUUUUACCAUUUACUUUUGUUUUAUGGCGAUGUCAUCUCCUAUUAGACAUGUCUCCAGGAGACCUGAAGAGUCAGUCUUGAGAACAGUGACGGAUGCUGUACCUGUAGGAAGAAGACCUUUAGGACGCCCAAGGCUGCGAUGGUGGGACCAAGUCCGGAGGGAUAUGAGAAGGAUGUCCGUUACAGAGGAGAUGAUGAAGGACCGAGAAAGAUGGCGCAAAGCUGUUGGAGAGGCCAAAAACCUGCUUAGGUUUGAGUGGCCAGCUAGGCUAGAGACUUCGGUGUUCAUGACGGGUCUGUAUCGGUCGCCCACCUGUGUGAUUGCACAUGCAGCGGUCUGA